AUGCCUUUUAUAUUUUCAAUUGCCUGUUUUGAAGCCAGAAGAAAACAGAAAUUGAUUGAUUUAAGAAAAUCGAGACAUCUUAGAUCCAACACAUGUGUUUUUAAUAUGUCUGACGAUCGGUUUGUUAAAUCAUUUAGGAUUGACAAAAAUACUUUCAAAAGCAUUUUAGAGACAGUCAAGCCACAUUUAAAAGUAACCACACUGUCACACUCAAUGCAAUUGGCUGCUGUGUUGCGAUACCUUGCUACUGGCUGCUACCAGCUUUCAGUGGCCAAGGACCAUCAUAUAAACAUUGGGCGAAGCACAUUCGGAAAGAUUCUGCACAUAUUUAUUCCGUUGAUGGACAGGCUUCUAUGUAAGGAUGCUAUUUCCCUUCAGAUGUCCAGGCAACAAAUGCAGAAAUAUUCCGAAUACUUCUUCAAAAGGUAUCAACUUCCAAAAAUAGUCGCCUGUGUGGAUGGAACUCACAUAAAAAUUCAGAAGCCUGUAAACAAUUCCUCUGUUUUCUUUAAUAGAAAGGGUUAUUACAGCAUGAACGCCAUGAUGGUUUGCAACUAUAAUAUGGAGAUCAUCGCCAUUGAUGCCACACACCCUGGGUCCUGCCGUGAUUCUUUUAUUUGGAACCACUCCGACAUCAGGGAAUAUUUUUCCAGGACUAUAAACGGGUUUUUUGUUUUGGCGGAUUUAGAGAGUUUCGUUUUAACUCCCUACAGGAGCACAGAGAUUGGGACGCAUCAGCAUACUUUUAAUUUAAGACAUACAGGAGCCACGAAUAUUAUCGAACGGACAAUUGGGGUGCUUAAAAGCCGUUUCCGUUGCCUGCAACGAUGCUUAAAUUACGAGCCAGUUUUUUGUUGCCAUAUUGUCAAUGUAUGCUGUGCCUUGCACAACAUUUGUAGAAGACGAAAUGUGUCAAUUACUGAGGACUUUUAUUUUGACGACUCUGUCUCUUCCAGUAUAAACUUAAUACUGAUUGUUCCUCUGCUGCAAACUUCUGAAUAA